UGACUCCCUGUUAUAUGACUAUAUGACUGUUAACAUAUCAGUAAAAAGACAUGAACCUCAUUCGUGUUUCCAUGCUGCCAAAUGUCAGUGAGCUACAGUUUUCUCAACCUGACCUACUGUACAUUGAAUCGUGCUUCACCUCACGAAGAGAGGAACAAAGAGAGGGAUCUUAUUGGCGGAGAGCAGCGGUGUCCUGACUAUAAAUACCCACACAUGCUCGUGUAGGAGAGAGCCUGCGGAGGGCACAAGGUGUAGGCAGCCGCCAGUGGUCGCUUACUGUCGGUACACACAGCUGUUCGCUCCGGGCACGCAGAUCAGCAUCAGCAUGUCUUCGUCCGGUCGUCCCAACACAGUCCGGCUGGUGUUCCUGGGAGCGGCGGGGGUCGGGAAGAGCGCGCUCAUCCACCGUUACCUCCACGACCGCUUUGAGCACAAGUACACGCGCACAGUGGAGGAGCUUCACGUGCUGGAGUACGACACCGCGGGGUCCGGGAAGAUGCGUCUGGAGAUCUUGGACACGAGCGGCAGCUACCCCUUCCCGGCCAUGCGCGAGCUCUGCAUUCGACACAGUGACUCCUUCGCCCUGGUGUACGCGGUGGACGACCCGGGGUCCUUCCAGGAGGUGCGGCGGCUCCGCGACGAGAUUCUGGAGAUCAGGGGCGGUAAGAGCGCGCCCAUCACCGUGGUCGGCAGCAAAGCAGAUCUCACCGAGGCCGAGGGUCGCGUGCUGUCAGCGAGUGAUGCCAUGGCCACAGUGGAGGGCGAGUGGGACGCCAACUUCGUUGAAGCGUCUGCGCGCACGGGUGCGAACACGGUGGGAGUUUUCCGCGCGCUGCUGCAACAGGUGGACCUGCCGCACCGGCUGAGCCCUGCGGUGUGCAGGCGCAGAGACACGGUGCCCAGACCCGCAGUCAAGAAGAGGCCACCGCUGAAGAAGAACAACAGCUGUAUCCUGUCAUAGGAACAUGUUGUCUGUUUGAUGCUGGACUCUGCAGCUGGACUGCAGGUGUUGCUGGUCAUCACAGUGCUCCACCUGGUUUGUGCUGAGGUGGAAAUGUCCCCUAUGACCUGGGCUUUAUAUUGAACUUUAUUGUCUUGAGUCGCGACAGAGUCAUGAGUUUAAUGGGAGCCUUGAUCGACUUACAUGUGAUGCACUUUAUAUGUGUUUUGUGUACAGUUUUUAUGUCAAUAAAAUAACU